CAUUUCACUGGAACACGCAGCCAUCACGCGGCAAUUGACUGAAGAUUAUCCACGAAUGCAUAACAGCUCCCGAACACUCGCCACAUAAACUGUUCCAAGUGACAUUCCAAUUAUUCUGUCAUCGAACGUUUGAUAGGUUUCGUCUUCGACCAUUCUCUCGGUACAGUGUGUUCCAUUUAACAACAGUGCAAAAUAAAAUUAAUGUAUCAAGUAACACUGGUGUGAAACUGACACGGCAUAAUGUUGUCUGCAACGAAAGUAACGACGGAUAAAUCAAUUGAACGUGAAAUCCAUUCUGAUUCAAAAGAUACUUCGAUAAUUAUGAAGAAGCUAAAGCAUAACACACCUGUUUCUCUUGACAAUUAUAAAACAAAUGAAAAAUGUGAAAUGAAAGAAACGAAAAAGAAACAGGAAAAAAUAUCAGAAAAGAAAUUGGAAAAGACGCAAAUGCAAGAUGAAAAUUCGCUAGUUUUAAAACCAGAACAUUCCAAGCCUAAAACCUUAGAGUCGAAAAAUAUCGAAUCAAGGAAAGAAAGGGAUAAAACGGAAGAGAAAGAAACAAAAAGUUUAAGCGGUGCUUCUUCCAAUCAAACCAAUGUUCCAGAGUGCAAAAUGAUUCCUAUUACCGAUAAAUACCAAGUCCAGAAGCCUUCAAACGUUGCAGUUCCUCGAAAAUGUCCCCCUCUAUCUGCGCCGCUUUUGAGCGAACGUCCACUUGUUCUAGCGACGCAUCUUGUGCCUUCGCUGCCGAUUAGCUUCUUCGAAGUGCUCGUGGAAGCAAUAGAAGUCGCUACAGGAAAACCAGUGGUGCUGCUGCACGAAUCCAGAAGCGAUAGACCAGUCGCGAAAGACGUUGCGGAUAUUGCUAUUUUACCAGCAAGUGAAAAGUGGGAAGAUGGUAAACUUCUGUCUGCAAGUUUCUGUUUUGAACACUAUCUUAAUAAAAGCAAUUCACCGUGUAUUUAUGCCGAUGUUGUUGUGGCUGCAGAUCGUGCAUCACAUGUAGAAGACAUUACAGAUCUUCGUGGUUAUAGAUGUUCCCUUCCAGAUCGAAAGAAAAACAUCGGAGCAGCAACAUUGUUAUUUAAUUAUUUACAUACCAAAGGUGAAAGCCCAGCCUUCUUCGGCAACAUUCUUGAUGCUGACACACAGAUCGCUACGCUGCAAAUGGUUGCAGGAAAACAAGCAGACAUUGGAAUUUUAGAAUCUCCUGUUAUUAAAUGUCAUAAAAACACAUUACCGGGAAUUGAUUCGCUUCAUAUUUUAACAAGUUUAGGACCCUUACCACCUUACCGUAUCAUGACAAACAGGGCAUUUUCAGUUUCACUCAGAAGGAAAAUUACAAUUUACUUAUUAAAGAUAAAUCAGCACAAAGAAUGGGUAGAUAGAUUUGCUCCUUUUGGUCUUACUGGAUUUACAACAAAUUUUGAGCAAUUGUACAAGCAGCCAGGUGGCGUAAAAUCAGUAGUUACAAGUGUACCGUAUUACUGAAGACUACAUUAUUCUUACCGUAUUAUUUAUAGGCGCACGCGUAAUUAUACAUACAUCACUUAUUGUUUUUACACUUCUUUGCAUUUUUAUUCUUCACACAUUAAAGAUUUAAUAAAUAUGAUAUUCAAACAAU